AAACGAGCUUUGCUGGCUGUGCGUUUGCAGUUGUGGAAGUGGAGUCUCGUCGUCGUUGCAGUUCAGGGCGGCCCUGCAUCUUGGGGGGGCAGGGCUUCGAGCGUGGGGAGCUCGUCAGUCGCUCGGGGCUUUCUCACGCGUCGUCUGCCCAACGUCACUUCUGGGGCAACUUUUCCCACGAAACCCAACAACCACUCAUCCCGCUCAGCAACACACAACCACUCAUCCCGCUCAGCACCACCCAAUGUCCUCCCCCUGGGGCCACCUCGCCUCCCUCAACGGCCCGCUCGCCUUCCACACCCUCCCCUCAACCCAUCACACCCUCGGCACAGCACCCACCUGCGACAUCUCCCUCCCCACCGCCGCAACAUCCAUCUCCCAACACCACUGCCGCCUCCUCCUCCUCGGCGACAUGCCCUGCCUCGAGAACCUGUCCCCGCACGGAACCUAUGUCGAUGGGAAACAUGUCGAGGGGGCCACGAAAGUCUCGCUGACGAACGGGGCCGAGAUCCGGCUUGGCGGCGACACGUUCUUCGUGUUCACGAACCUGCUGGAAGACCCAAAGCUCGGCGUGUUUGAGGGACGGGUUGUUGGGGAGAGGUACUACGUCUUUGGCGGGUAUGAGUUGGGGAAAGGCUCGUUUGCGACGGUGCGGCUGAGCGUGGACCUGAAGACGGGCGAGCGGCUGGCUUGUAAGGUCAUACAGCGCGGGAAGGGGGCGAGGGAGAGGGAGAGGGAGGGGAGGAAGCCGAGUAGUGGGACGGUUAUUGCGCGGGAGACGGCGAUAUUGAAGAACAUCAUGCACCCGAAUCUGGUGCAGGUGAAGGAGGUGGUCAGGACUGAAGAGUGUGUGUAUUUGUUUUUGACGAGGGUUACCGGAGGCGAACUGUUCUACUAUGUUCAGAAACACGGCGGGAUGGAGGAGCAUGCGGCGAAAUUCGUAUUCUACCAAAUCCUCCUAGCCGUACAGUAUCUACACAACCUGGAUAUCACGCACCGGGAUCUCAAACUCGAAAACAUCCUCAUGGAAUCUUCCAACCCCUUCGGCCGAAUCCUAGUCUCCGACCUCGGCCUCGCGAAAAUGCUCGGCACCUCCCUCUCCCGCAUGCGCACGCAAUGCGGGACCCUUACCUACGUCGCGCCCGAGGUGCUGGCGAGCAGCGGGACGGGCGGGGACGGGUACGGCAAGUGUGUGGAUUGCUGGUCGUUGGGUGUGUUGCUUUAUACCAUGCUGAGCGGGACACUGCCGUUUGGAACGGAUAGCGAUGGCCAGCUGCUCGCGACGCGGAUCAAGCGCGCGGAAUACGAUUUGGAAGGGGAGGAGUGGGAGAGGGUUAGUCCGGAAGGAAAACACCUGAUAACCUCCCUCCUAACGCACUCCCCCAGCGCGCGGCUCACCAUCUCCGGCGCGCUGUCCCACCCGUGGAUCACGAAGCGCGGGGACUUGUUGCGGUUGUUGUACCGGAAGAUGAUACGCCGGAGCCCGGACGCGGGGAGGGCGGAGUGGGUGGGGAGGGAGGCGGCGAGGAGGGAUUUGGUGCGGUUGUUUGAUACAGGGGCCUAUUAGGAGGAUAGAGAUGGGUGGUGUGUAUUUUCCGAGUGUAUUUACAAGAAAAAGGAUUUAGGGAUUCAAAACGUAAGGAAUAGACAACGGAAAAGAAAAAAAGACAGUGGGGCCAGUCCCGGCAGACAAGUUUGAGAGUUUGAAAGAGCAGAGUUUUGUGUGUGUGUUCUCUUAGAUCUUGGCCUUGCCACUCA